UUUUCAGAUCCAUAUUCCCCUCACAAUCUGGGAACCUGUGCUCAGCUGAACUUCCUUCGUCCUCUUCCGGGAAUCCUGGGCCCUCAACCAGGCUACAUUGCCCGUGGAACGACCUAAUUCGUUCCUAAUUGGCGGUGCUCUCCGCCUUUCCUAACUAAAUGGCGUCAGCUCUUUCCGCCGGCGCUCUCGCUACAGUCCCAUUCAACCACAAUCACACCAACGCCGUGAUCUCCCACUCCCGCCAUAAUCCCAAUCACCGCUGUUGCGCCAUGAUUUCCGCGCACGGAGCUACAUCAGGGCCGCUACAGACGUAUUCCCCGCAACUGGACCGUGCUCGCUGCAGCCAGAGCCGAUCGAGCCAACAAUUCACGUUGCGCCUGUCGCGCGCGGAGCGGGAAGCUUUCCGCGGAACGGCAGCUCCGCGCGGAAGAUUUCCGCCUAGGGCCGCGGUUUCAGUCUUCGCCAUCCGCGGCAGCGGCGGCGGCGGAAGCGGAGGGGAUGGCGGAGCGGAAUGGUGGGAGCGGGAGGAGGCGCGGUGGGAGCGCGAACAGCAGCGGUGGGAGCGGGAAGAGCUUCGGUGGGAGCGCGAGGAAGCGCGGUGGGCGCGCGAGCGCGCAUCCCUUGAGGCGGAAGUAGCGGCGCUAGAAGCGGAAGUAGAAUCCCUCCGCGCAGCACUCGCACGCGCAGGGGAAGGUGGGCUGGCGCAGAACUUUCCCCGUCUUUCCCCCCAAGCGCAUGUGCAGCUGGCGGGAGGGGUUGGGGGGGGGAUGGGCGGAGGAGUAGGGGGAAACGGGGGAGUGGGGAGUGAUUUAUCGAAGGAGCAGCUGCUGGUUCUGCUGCGAGGGCUGCUGCACUUGCUGCAGGUGACAACGGAUAACCACAGAGCCAGCGAGGUAGCCACGUCAGCAGGGAUUGCCACGUCACCAGAUGUGAUCUCAGGCGCGGGAGCGGAGAGCUUGCUACAGCUGUUGGCGCCAAAAGUUUCAGCUACGGGCAAUGCUGCAGGAGCAAGCGCAGAGGAAAUCCUGAGGAACAUUCCGGAUGCUGACAUCAUCGCCGCUGUGGCGUCACGCACGGUGAACCCGCUCCCUGCUGCCGUGGACGAUGGCGGCGCUGACGUGGAAUCAGGGGAGCAGCAGGAGGAAGGAGCAAGGAAGGUUCAGCGGAGGCUGGCUCGGGGAGUAUAUGGAGAUGACGUGCAACAACUGCAGGCUCUCUUGGCUCUGCAGGGGUUCUACUGCGGCGAGGAGGACACGGAGGAUGCCUUCUUUGGCGCGAACACUGAGAGCGCUGUCAAGACAUGGCAGUCAACCAUGAACCUCAGCGAGGACGGCAUCAUCACACCGAACCUCUUCGCCCUCCUUAUUGGCGAUCCCGAGCUGGCCGCCGAGCCUGCUUCCGAGCCUCCCGCCACGGCGUCAACCAAGCCUUCCACCCCACCCAGCGCACCCCCGUCUCCCUCUCCUUCUCCCGCUUCCUCCCCCUCCAAACCCUCUCAACCGCUUUCAACCUCCCCAGCAUCCCCCCGUGCGCCCCCUGCCACGCGGGAGAAGCGGGAGAUAGAGCGAUAUGCGCGGAGCAGCCUCGAGCAGGGGCAGCGGCGGGUGUUCUUACUAGGGGAGAAUCGGUGGGAGGAUCCGAACACUCUGAUUGGUCGACAGGCAGAUAAGGGAGAGGGGGGGGAGGGAAGGAGGGAGGAGGGAGAGGGGGAGGAGGUGGAAGAAGGGGGAGUGGAGGGGAAGGGGAAGGGGAGAGGAGGGGUGAGGGAUCUGGUGGAAGUGAAGGGGAAGGGGAAGAAGAAGGGGAAGAAGGGAGCGGAGGGGGGACUGAAGCCGGUUGUUGUCUCGUGCUAUCAGUGCAGAGGGGAGGGCAAUGUUGUGUGCAUGGAGUGUGAGGGCACUGGGGACCUCAACAUCGACGAGCAGUUCCUUGAUUGGGUGGGGGACAGUGCCUGCUGUCUGUAUUGCGACGGCACCGGUGCGAUUAAAUGCGAUUUGUGUGAUGGGAUUGGGGAGUCUGAAGACUAGCGAAGCAGCUGUAGUUGGAGGUUAUUACCUGAUUAUUUGACGUUUGCCCAUUCGUUGUUAGAAAGCCUGUACUGGAGAAAAUUCCGAAUGCUUUGUGUUUUAGUCACAUUCGCCAAGUCCCGCA